GACUGGGCAAAAUCGCGUAAAAUGGAAACAGAAUUUCGUUGUGAGGUUGAGGUUGGCCGUUGAAAAAAGUGAACAUGGGAAGGUCCAAGUUUCCCGGUAAGCCGCCGAAGACGGUCACCAGGAAACGGAUUAAAGUUCUCGGCCAGCCCGAGAUAGUCCAAAGCGAUUCGGUAACCGUCGCCGAGAACAUCUACUACGGACUUUCCCUGUUCAACGAAACAUUUGGUGACAACGAGAAGGAACAUCCACCAUUCCAUGGUUUUAGCACUAAAGAGGCUAAUCUGUCCGUGUCUUAUAUAAAAACACAACAACAUGACACAGAAAAUGCAACUGUUAAAUCGCCAUCCAAUGCUGUCGAGAACCCUGUACCAAAAUCGAACGAACAAAAUGUCACGGAUAUUAAAAAUUCUCUUCCAAGUACCGAAGCUACUACGGAGCAGUUAUGCGAUAAAAAUAUAGAACCGACUGAAAAUAUUAAGAAGGACGUUAGCGUAUUAAAUUCGAAAUGUGCUUCUAAAUUUCAUAGAUCCAAAACUCGUAGAAGUUGCAAAAAUAUUAAAUUUUCCAACUUUAUGAAAACGCCAGUAUUAAAAUCAGUGAACAAUAUCUUAGAUCAGCAUCAACGAACAAGACAACUACGUAACAGUACUGCAAAGAGAUUACUGCAGAGGGCAAAAUCUAAUAGUAAUAAUGCACGCAAUAUGACUGCGCAAUGCGGAGAUAAACCAAAUGCUGUGAGGAAAUUUAUUUUACCAGUUCGAAGCGCCCAUUCGUCGAGAGUUAUUAAGCCAAAUAAAAGAUUUAUCGAAGAAUUGGAAGAAAUUUCUGUGACGGAACACAGCGAGAAUGAAAUCGGGGCUCAUGUGAAAAAGGCUAAAUUUACGUUAAACAAAUUUUGUAAUCAAGAUCCAAAAUUAAAGGAAGGAAAUAUUAGUAAAUUAUGUACAAUAUUGAAAGAUAAAGAAGUAAGAAAUAAAACUAGGAAAGUUAUUCAGCGUGCGCAUUCCAAUGCCCAAACUAUAAUACAAUCUGCGAAAAAUUGUGAAAAAUUAGCACCUUCCGUACAAGAUGCACAGGUAUCAAAAAUUGUUAAUACAGAUGUAAAAAGAAAUAAUGUAUCGAAUAAGAACAAAGUGUUGAAAUCACCAUCCGAUGAAUCGAGUACUACUCAAGAUUGUUCGCAAACUACGAUUAAGAAAGCUCAAAAUUUAAAAUCAACCGCGUCCAAAAAUCAGAAACCAAUUUCUGCUCCUAAAAAAGUUCUUCCUGAUUCUGAUGUUCCAAGUUCAGAGUCUUCCAGGAUUCAAACGAGAUCGGGAACUCAAAGCGAAGUCACCGAUCCGGAAAUUGAAAUAAAUUCCGAAAAUACUAACAUGAAAAAUCAAGAUAAUUCUGAUAACGGAAGUAAAACUACAGAGGGAAAUUCAGAUAACUUUGACACGGAAAGUACAUUGUCUGAAAGUGGAAGCGAACAUAGUAAUCAUACCGAGGAUGAACAGUCGGAAUGGACUGGGAUGAAAUUGAAUGGUGGAAAAGUGAUUUUAAGAAAAGCGAGAUUAAAAUUAGAUAAUAAAUGUGUUGGUGGAACCGAAGGACCUUUUUCAACAACAAAUAAUAAUAACGUUACAAAUGGAAACACCAACUUGGGUUUAACAGGUACUAUUAAAUGUGGCGUUUGCGGUGCUGUACGAUUUUAUCGAUUCGUGAAACAAGCUCGAAAAUUUGGUAUUCACAGUUGCGAAUCUUGUCGAAAGUUUAUCAGUAAGAUGAUUAAGCGACAAGCUUGCGCGAAAUCUACAAACAGUACCCUCCCGGUUCUUCAAUGCCACAAAGGAGACGGCUUAUGCUUAGUUCCACCUGUUGUACGAAGUCAACAAUGGAAUCUCAUGAGAUGUGUUUAUAAAGCUAGAUGUCCAGCAUGCUGGUUAAAAAUGUGUUUGAAAUGUUAUAACAUUCCUUCUUUGUUAAGAACAGGUUUAAAUGCAUUAUUACCACCGAUAAUGAGAGACCCUCUAAGUAUUCCUUUAUCAUUGAAUCAAGAAGAUAAUGAUAAUCAAGGUCAAAAAUUAAUAUCUUGCAAGUUAGGUUGGCCUGCGGAAGACAGUUCAGAGAAAAACUUAUUUAAAUCAGCAAUGAGUUGGAGAAACAUAGAAAUGGAUCAGAAAACUAGUUACCAAGGCACUGCUGGUUUUCUAUACACAAAAUUAGAUAAAUUCGAUUCAUCACUGAAUAUAUCACCUAAUAAAAAGAGAAGAAAAAACAAUAGGAUAAAAGUGAGGAAGAAAAUAAAAAAUCCAGUGUUCUCCUCGCCAUCUACGAAUCAGUGUCCACAACCCCUUAGACAGAGACUUGAAUUAAAGGGUCCAAGAGUGAAACAUGUUUGUCGAAGUGCAAGCGUUGCUCUUGGUCAACCAAUUGCUACUUUUCCUUCCGUAGAUGGAAAAGAUGAUAACGAAAGCAAUAAGCACAUUCCGAAAACAUUAAAAGAAAACGAUAGGUCAGAGAAAAAGGAUUACACGAAAGAGAAAGAGUCGCAAAAACAUAACGAUGAAAAUACGGUAAAUGUAACGCAUCAAUCUCAUUUAAAAAGAGGAAAAACACAGCAAAAUAUGUCGACGUCGAACUUUCAAGUGGUAUCUAAGACAAAUACCGAUGUACUGCAUACAGUAUCUAUAGAUUUUUGGGAACAGUAUGAUCCUUCGGAGGUUGGCGCAAAAGGUUUUGCCCUUAUUGGUUCAGAACUCUUCCAUAUUCCUGCUAUUUGUUACCUUUGUGGAAGUGCUGGGAAAGAACCACUCAUCCAUUGUCAAUGCUGUUGCGAGCCAUAUCAUGCCUUUUGUUUGGAACCCAGUGAAUGGAAUGCUUGUGCCCAACCAAAUUGGUGCUGUCCUCGAUGUACAAUAUGCCAAUCCUGCCAUCUAAGAUCUGGUCCAAAAUUGUCUUGCAUUCGUUGUCGUCAAUCAUUUCAUCACUCGUGUUUGUCAAAAUCUGGUGUCAGUGCGAGACUAUACAGUCCUGAAAGACCUUUUGUGUGUCAAAGUUGUGUCAAGUGUAAAAGCUGUGGUAGCGAAGGAGUUAACGUUCAUGUGGGCAACUUACCAUUAUGCUCCAUGUGUUUUAAAUUACGUCAACAAGGAAAUUAUUGUCCUCUGUGUCAAAGGUGUUACAACGAAAAUGAUUUCGAUACAAAGAUGAUGGAAUGUAGCGAAUGUUCUUAUUGGGUGCAUUCCCGUUGCGAAGGACUUUCCGAUGAACAUUAUCAAAUUCUCAGUUAUCUACCAGAUUCUAUUGAAUUUACAUGCAGCCAAUGUUCCUCUAAUCCUAAUUCUAUUUGGAGAAAUGCUAUAGAGAGUGAGCUUAAGGCUGGUUUCAUAGGGGUUAUUAAGGCAUUAAGCAAAAACCGUAAGGCUUGCGCGGCAUUAAAAUGGAGUCCAAGGAAAGAGUGUUUGUGCAGACCGACUCCCAGCAUAAGGAAACUAGAUUUUUCGAAUGAAAAGUCGGAUUCGAACGUAACGAAUAUUAAAGAAAUUCUAAACGUAGAGACGUUUGAAGAAUCUAAUAAUGAAAAAUUUAAGGACACAGAAACUGGUUCCAAUGGUAAUACAAAAUCAGAAGCAACGAGCAAACAGAACGAAGAUCAACCGACCGAUUGUACUAAUAGAAGAGGCUUGAGACGACUUCGACAAAAGUUUCAUUUAAAAGAAUGUUCCGUUCGAGUAAAAAAUUGUGCUCUAAAAGAUAUUCAAGAUAAUGAGAAAAAGGAUUCGAUGAUUCAAGAAAAUUUGAACAGUAAUUCGAACGAUACAGAGUGUCAUUGUUCGGAUCAGCAAAUUAUUGUUAGACCCUCGCCUACGUUGAUGUCGGUGAAGCGGAAAGUUAAUAACAAUGAAUAUAAAACGUUGUCACAGUUCCAUUGUGAUAUGGAACAUGUAAUUAAUUGUACCGCGACUAAUGAACUGAUCGAAGCUUAUCACGAAAUUUUACAAGAGGUAUUCCCGUGGUUCAGUCCGAAAAAUUUGAAGAGUAAUAAUGGUAAAAGCGAUAUGGUGACGCUCACCAAGGGUAUUAAUAAGGAUGAUAGUCCAAGUACAAAGCUUGGUGAUUCUAUAUUGGAAGUAUGGAAGGAAGAAGUGAUGAAAGCACCGAAAACAGCAACGGCUAAAACGGCAAAUUUACAUAAUAUUAAUAUCGAAGACAGCAGAUCCUGUUGUUUGUGUAAAGGAUUAGGCGAUGGUCAAGAAACAAAAGAAGGUCGCCUCUUAUAUUGUGGACAAAAUGAAUGGAUUCAUUCGAAUUGUGCACUUUGGUCCAAUGAGGUGUUUGAAGAAAUCGAUGGUUCUUUGCAGAAUGUUCAUAGUGCUAUUUCAAGGGGCCGUUUAAUACGUUGCUCCGAGUGCGGAAAGAAAGGGGCGAGUAUUGGUUGUUGUGCAAAAAAUUGCAGCAGUACCUUUCAUUAUCCUUGCGCGAGGAACGUUGGACUUACCUUUAACGACGAUAAAACAGUAUUUUGUUCUUUGCAUUUAAACAACUGCUCGCAUAAAACGUUACAAAAUGAGAGCGAGUUUAGUUUACGAAGGCCAGUAUAUGUUGAAUUGGAUCGCAAGAAGAAAAAGUACGCGGAACCGAGUAAAGUAAAAGUUAUGAUAGGCUCGUUGAUGAUCGAUUGUUUAGGUACAGUUAUACCUGAGUAUUCUGACGCGGUUGAGAAACUAGUACCCUGUGAUUAUAAGUGUUCUCGGCUAUACUGGUCUACGGUAAAUCCAUUUAAAAUCGUAAGGUAUUACAUUAGAACGUACGUGCAAAUGUAUAUGCCAGAAAUUUCUCCCGACUUGGAAAAUAAUAUAACCAUCGAUCAUUCUAAAGAGGAAAAGAAAGAAGAGAUUUUAGAUAUUCAAAAAACAGAAUAUUUAGCUGUGAAACAAACGUUGGAUACUUUGAUCGAUACAGUCUGCAAUAAGGAAGUGGAUGAAAACUUGGCGGAGCAAAAUAACACAGAUCUUUUACCUCCGGAAUUGAAAGAAGCCAUAUUUGAAGAUUUGCCGCACGAUUUGUUGGAUGGUAUUUCCAUGCAAGAUAUAUUUCCAAAAAUGACGUACGAAGAUUUUUUAGCCAUGGAUUUAAAAAAUGAUGGUAGUUUUGCAACCGAUCUGUUCAAGGAUGACAUGUUGGCAUCCGAAGUGGAUGAGAUAAUAAAACCACCUGAAAGUAAAAUUUCAAAAGUGGACCCAUCUUUGUUAGAGUUAGGUCCUCAUAAUGAUCUUUGGGUUCAUCUGGAAACGAAAACUUCCGUUCAAGAUUUAAUGGACGAUUUGUUGAAUUCUAAGAAUCAGAAACGUGGAGGCAGAGAACUGAAAAGAUCUAAAUCGGAAGUAAUGUCGAAUAGUCCGUUGAUCGUUGGUGGACAAAGACACCAUCAACGAUCUUGCAGUUUAACUUGGAGUUGUAAAUUGGAUAGUCCUUACGGUCCCACUAUAAAACGAAGAAAAUUGUCGAGGAACUCGAGUAUGUCAAAAUCCAACGAAGCGAGUGUAAUGGUAUUAGAUUCGCAGAAUGAACGUCCGCCUACUUUGCACGAGUUGAGAAUCCCAGAUGGUAUUAUGGUUACAGUGGGCAGAACAAACACACCCAACAUCUUAUCCGAUUCAAUGCGAGAAUUGAAAUAUUGCAUCGAGGAUGCAAAUGGUAUUAAUCGACGGAUACUGUCCACAAACCGUGAAGAGGGCAAAGAACAUAAGCGACUCUUUUGGCACGCGAGGCAACAGCCGCGAAUAUUACAAGUUGACGGACCCGCUGAUCCAAGUAGUGCCAGUGAAUGCAGUUCACCAGAGUACAAUAUCGAAGAGAACACCACGGAAUUACGUGUACCGGAACACUUGUCGAUACCACAGUUGGAUGGCAUCAACGACGAAUCCUCUUGCGACAGUAACGAAUUUAUUUUACCAGCCGAGAAAGACUUUAAUUCCUGUACAAAAUCGUCGAACAGCAUUCUACGGUCGAAACGAAUAUACGGAUUUAUCAGAUCACAUAUUGCCAAGAGCAACGAUAAACCGCAUAAAAUAAAUUUUUUUAAAGAAAGUAAUUUGAAAUUGAAUCUAGAAAUUCCUCAGUUGGACGGCGCCGACGAUAUUUCCAGCGACGACGAAUGUACAUCGCCGCAACAUAUUGAGAACGAAGGACUCAAUGUUACUUCUCGAUGCGAUGCACCAUUCGAUCACAUAGAUCGCCCGGUAACUUGUAAACGAUGCCGUUGUACCUACAGAACGCAAGAUAGUUACAACAGACAUUUGACACAUUGUGAUAUCAUGAUAACGAGCGACAGUGAUUCGGAGACUAUGGAUAAUAAAUUGGCAUCGCCUGACUCGAGAUUCUCCCCGAGUGUCGGCUCCGUGUCCCCUCAGUUUAUAACGCUGUCGCCAUCCGAAGGGCACACUCUUUCUUCCGACUAUCCGGACAUACAAGCUACAUCUCCUUUGGAAGCUUCCGUACCAUCGCCUCAUCCAGCUAUUCAGAUCGAACCGAUAGCACAAGCAAUUAUUACACCGCAAAUUCAUACGCACGCCACUGUGGAAACUGUUCACCAAACAGUAUUAACAUCCAACGAUAUGAUUGUACAAACACAAUACACCAGAACAACAACCACAUUACCAAACGCUACAGUAUUACCUCAAGAGAGUACUGUUCAGAUAACUGAAAUUACAGAUCCUCCAUCCGUUGUGAGCGAUUCUAGUAUUACACAGAAUAUCAUCAACACGCCAAUAAGUUCUCCAGGCGGUGCAAGUCUGCAAACCGUUCCAAGCCCGCAAGUGUCGCCGUCGUUCUCCUCCACCGGUGUACAAACUGCAAACAACGAGUCGCAGGCAAACAUUCAGAUGACAAAGUUGACUAAAUCAAAAUCUCCAAGGGCGCCGAAAUCUCGAACAAAAGGAAUUAAAACACACAUUGUGAAAAAUACGGUCCAGUCGCAAAACGGUCAUCCUAGAUUUCAACCGAUGCAAAAUAAUACUCCGGUUAUACAAUUGCAACAGACUCAAAGACCAAGCGCACCGACAGUAAUAUUGCAGCAAGUUGCGUCCCCUGGUAUUAUGUCCGCGUACGUUGAAACAUUGCAACAACAGUCUGGACAGAAUCUUCAGUAUGUAACGACAAUUGGUGGCCAACACGAAGCUGCAUUUAAACCUCAGUUCAUUACAACCAAUCACUUAGUUCCUGGCGCAUAUAUACAAGCGCCAUCUGAUAAUUUAUUAACGCUGCAAAACGGAGGUAUUUCGAUAUUACCGGGUGUACAAAUCGCCCAAACGCAACCGACAGUUCUUGGAACGAUUAUACAGCAACAACCUAGUGCAAUUCAAUGCGGAGUUAUAUCAUCCGAGCAACUAUUGCUAAGCUCAACACCGACAUUAGAAAUGUUCACUGACUCAACGGGCAGUAUGUUUCUUUCGAAUCAACCGAUGUAUUAUGGUUUGGAAACCAUUGUGAGCAACACGGUAAUGUCUUCCAGUCAGUUUAUGGCUGGCACGGUACCACAGGUGUUAGCAAGCAGUUACCAGACGACAACGCAAGUUUUUCAAGCUUCCAAGCUUAUGGAACCUAUCGUAGACGUUCAGGCUGUUCCAGGUGUUCCCACUGUAGCGGCAGUGCAGACUGUACAGAAUGUACCUGGGGUACCUAACGUUACCAACGUGUCCAGUGUUCCGAAUGUAUCCAAUAUAGGUAACAUGCCUAAUGUACCUAAUGUCUCGAACGUACCCACUAUACCAACUAUACCCACUGUACCCUCUGUAUCCAAUGUAUCCAAUAUAGCGAGCAUAACGAAUAUACCCAGCGUACCCAAUCUACCAACAAUAUCCAAUGUACCCAGUGUACCCAGUAUACCUACCGCAUCCAGCGUACCAAACAUACCUAGUGCAUCCAGCAUACCUAGCAUACCUAAUGUACCUAGUAUCUCUAACAUGCCGACUAUACCUAAUCCAGCUGGUUUAGCUAGCGCAGCUAACGUACCUAACAUACCGACAGUCCCGGUUCAAAAUGUAUCCAACGUUUCUACCCUGUCACCCAGUGUACAAUCUGUAGGGAAUAUCCCUAACAUGCCUACGGUGCCCAGUGGAUACGUAGUAGUAAAUCAGUCAACGCCUGUAGCAGAAUCUAUCGUAACACCGCAAAUUAAUAUAUCUGCAACACCUGACAGCAGAAGCUUCGCAUCAGCCACGUGUAACACCAUAUUGCCUGUGUCGUGUCAAAAUGUCGCCGAGUCUAUGACAUCGAUACAACUACCAGAUACAUGCACAUCAGAGCCACAAGCUGUAACGAGAGUUACACCGUCGCCAAAGUUGUUGCAAAACUCUAUACCAACGAUACCGAGGGUAGCUGUACGCCCGAGCCCAGUUUCUCAUUCAAUCGCGCAGCUAAAUAAUGGACCAUGGAAACUUACAGAAUCACUGUUUGGUUCGGAACAGAUUAUGAACAAUAGCGUCCAACCAUACUUCGACUCGAAACAUGUAUCAGAGAAUACCAGUAUGAUAAAGUCUAGCAUAUCAUCUAAAAUACUCCCAUUACCUAAUCACUGUAUAACUCAAAGGGAUAUAAUUGUAAAUAAGUUAAAUCAUGAUGUAAAUAAUGUGCAUAAUAACUAUAGUAGUAUUGUACCGAAUUCUAACAAUAUUAAUGUAAGUACAAAUAAUAAUCCAGUUAUCGCUAACUCGGCUAUACAAAAUAAAAUCACGAUGUCUACGAGCAAUGUACCAACGAGUCGACCGAUGAAUAGAGUAUUACCGAUGCAAGCUGUUAUUCCGAAACAAGAUACGACUAAAGCCACGCAAAAGACGGAGAUCAUUAUAGAAGAGCCAAGGAAACCAGUGAUGAAACCAGCAGAGCCGGAACUCGAACAAAAGCUUACGGAAUCGAAAAAGGAGAUCGUCGAAACCAUAGUGCCGGCGGUAAGGAAACCCGAAACAACCAUAAGCAACAUAAACGACACGCUGAAACUGAACACCGAAGCUAUCGAAAAAGUGAAAGAAAACUUCAAGUUGGAAUUGGACAAAGAAAAAUUGCAAAACGCCUCGUUGAAAAUAGUAUUACAGAAACAGCUGCAAGAUGGCUCUUAUAAAAUUACACACAAUAUGAAGGCGGUGGCGCAAAAUAAAAAGACUCCGCAAGUAACGUCUGUUGAAAUUCUGCCGUCGAAACAAGUACCUCAGAUAGCCUCUUUGCAAUUGUUACCGAUAAAGACGUUUACGUUGAAGACAAACAAGAUCGACGAAAAGGUUAAACCUAUCGAUAAUAAAUUCAACUUGUUGAAAAACAAGACUCCGCCAGUUGCUGUUAAGAAGCCGAGGAUCGUUAGCAAAUCGAUUAAAUCUGUUUCACCGAACCUGCAAACUACAACACAUACGCAAAAGAACUGUACGAGAGGGCCGACUUUAAUGUACGAAAUAAAGUCGCAGGAUGGAUUUAGUCAUACCGCUUCCUCGAUGGCUGAAGUAUGGGAGACUGUGUUUCAAGCUGUUCAGAGUGCCAGAAAAGCUCACAAUUUACCUCCGUUACCUCAUAAUUCGAUCAGUGAAAAUCUGGGCUUGGAAAACAAUGCAACGGUAUACUUGGUGGAACAACUACCGAACGUGAACAAGUGCAGUAAAUACAAACCCAGGUUCCAUAAUCUGGCACCGCCUAAAGCCGGUGAAACGGAAAACGAUUUACCAAAGGCGUGCGACAAUGGCGCUGCACGCGCGGAACCGUUCAAAGGAAGAAAAGUUCACGAUAUGUUUAGUUGGCUCGCGUCCAGACACAGGCAGCAACCAAAAAUGAUCGCCAUUUCUGAAGCAGAGUCCAGACGAGUGGCGAGCACGAAUCUGCCAAUGGCGAUGCGUUUUAGAAUACUUAAAGAAACAUCGAAAGAAUCGGUUGGAGUAUAUCACUCUCACAUACACGGUAGAGGUCUGUUUUGUUUAAGAGAUAUCGAAGCUGGAGAGAUGGUUAUCGAGUAUGCUGGUGAGGUAAUUCGAGCCUCUUUGACAGACAAACGAGAAAAGUACUAUGAUAGUAAAAAUAUAGGGUGUUAUAUGUUUAAAAUCGACGACCAUUUAGUCGUCGAUGCUACAAUGAAGGGAAAUGCAGCGAGAUUUAUUAACCACUCAUGCGAGCCAAACUGUUACUCGCGAGUGGUGGACAUUCUAGGUAAGAAGCACAUUUUAAUUUUCGCUCUUCGUCGCAUUACUCAAGGGGAAGAGUUAACGUAUGACUACAAAUUUCCCUUCGAGGAUAUCAAGAUUCCAUGUACCUGCGGUUCCCGCAGAUGUCGUAAAUACCUCAAUUGAGACUACGUAUACAGCUACCGUAAGCAGCCAACAGGUCAUCAAAAACAUAUGUGCUAUAAUUACGCGUGCUUUGGAAUAGGAUUCAUUUUAUUGAACGUUAUUCAUUUAAUCAUCAAACUAUUUUCAGAGAUUGCAGCUUUUUAUUACUAUAAAGGAAAUAGAUAUACAUUUAAAAUAUUAGAAGGCCAGAUAUAGUACACGAAACAUCGCGUUAUGACAAUGUUACUUUAAACGGCUACACAUCGUAGUUGAUUUAAGGAGUAUACUUGUAGCAAUAAAUGAUUGAAUAUGUCCUGCUUUCAUACCCGAUGAGUUCUGCGUGUCUCGUCACGUCGGGACUCAUGAAAGUGUUACUUUUAUCCACGCCUGUGCUUUUACGCACGUCUUUCUAGACUCUACUUAUUAUCUAUAUUGAGGCUUAAGUGUACAAGUUAUCGUCACUUUACACUAAAUCUAAAGCGCCUUCAGCUUACAUACAUAUACAUAUAUAUAUAUAACGUUUUUAUAUUCUUUAUUUUGGGUUAGAAUU